AUGGAGAGCGGAAUUAAAGUGUCGGAAGAAACCGUCGCAAAGUUCAAUCAGAUGAAGCUGAAGAAAGUUAAAACCAGAUACAUGGUACUUAAGGUGACUGGAGACUUUGUAAGUGUACAAAACGACGGAGAGGGAGAUGUGGAGGAACUGUUAACCGUGCUCCCAAAAGAUGACUGCGCUUUUGUUGUUUACGACAAGGGACAAAACCUUGUACUAUUUAUGUUCGCGCCGCCGGGAGCUAAAACUCAGUCUAGGACAGUAUACUCAACAACCAAACAGACUGUAGAAAACGCCUUAUCAGGAGUCAGACUCUAUAGGAACCUGGUCGAAGAUCAUGACGAGGUCAGAGGCGCUCUAGCAUGA